UAUUCCAUCAGUAUCGUAGCAAACGUAAAGAUUAUGGUGAACGCUUUCAAGCUCAUACUGCUGUGCCUAGCAGCGUUGGGUGGCACAACAACAUGUUUGGAAAUACUGUUUGAACAAUUUGAACAGUUCAGUGGGUUCGACAUCGUUGAUAUGAAGCUUCGUGUUCGCAAGUUUAACCGUACAAUGAUGACACUGAACGGAACGAUUUUCAUACGGCAGCCAAUAGACAACGACUUGGUGUUCCACACGGAUCUGUUCCACAGUCGGUUGGGGAAUCAGCAGUUCAAUCAUUACCCAGGCAGGUUACCCACGUGUGGUUUCUGUGAUUUUUUCGACAACCUGCACAACGUGUACGAGGAGCACAUACACGAUAUUGUAAAUGUGCCUGCGUUAAACGAAUGUCCGGUGCUGGUACGGGAGGCUCACAUCCUGGAUAAGGUGUUUCCAUCCUCCGUCCUACCACCGUUCUGUCCGACAGGUUUGUGGAAAAUUGUCAUAAGCGGUCGGUUGAAUGAGGAGGAAAAGCUCAACUAUCAUAUGGUGGUAAAAGUGUACGAAAACAAUUAUUUUGGAUAAUGUUUUGAAUAGAUUUAGAGGGAAAAAAACUUGAGGAUUUUGUAGUAGCAACUGAUUUUGUUAAGUUAGAAAAUGUUUAGUUUAGAAGAUGAU